GUGGGAAAGUUUAUAUUGGAUUUAGUGUAUAUCAGGGUUGUAUUGUUUGUUAAUUAUCGACUUAUUGAGAUCAAUAACGUUACAGAUGCUAAAAUUACUUAAAAUAAGUAUGAAAUCUAUGCUAAACAGGGAAGAAACAGUACAUGUAAAUAGAUUAUUUUGUUAAUGCUGAUGGCAGCAGCUGUGUGGUUGUAAACUGUAAAACCCUGACAUUUACAUUAUUGACAGCUAAAUUUAAACUCCAAGCCCUUGGUCACUUGACAACUUUAUAAACAGCAUUUUGUGUGCAGAUAGACGUAGCAUAUUUAGAAGCAGUAAUAAGGAUGCAUGUGAAGUAAUUACAGACUCAAUAUUAAUUGUGUAUUGAAGCGCUGUCCAGUCUUUAAACUGAUAUUGUAGUCAUAUACUGGAGUGAAAUUAGUAUAGUGAUUACAUAACUGUGUCAUCUAGUGAGUUUAGUAUACAAAUCACAAAAUGGCGACAGGUUCAGUUUAUACAAGUUCAGAUUUAAUGAUGGACUAUAGUUGUGAUGCUUGCAAAGAGAAACAUAUUGACGAAAGUGCAGUGUCUUUCUGUAAAACAUGUACAAAGCUGUUUUGUGGCAAAUGUAUUAACCUGCAUAGCCAGUUAUAUGAAAAACAUGUCUCAUUUGGGAGAGGAGAUAUGAACCAAUGGCCUCUCAGUAAGACAACAGAGGAGUUCCUACAGAUUUGUGAGAUCCACAAAGACGAGACGCUGAAAAUGUUUUGUCAAGACCACAGUCAACUCUGCUGCACUAAUUGUGUACUACUAAGUCACAGACAGUGCAAUGGGGUGACACUGUUAUCAAAGACAGUUAAAAGUCACUCAGCAGAUCUGCAGCAGUUGGCAGUUAAGAUUGGAACUAUCUUGGAAGAACUGAAACAGCUUCGAAGUUCAAGAGAAGACAGCAUUAAGUCUGUGGAGGACUCAUUCAGGGAACAACUACAAGAAGUCAGAGAUGUGCGACAGAAAUUAAAUGCUGCUUUAGAUGAACUAGAAAAUGUGACUAUGAAAGAACUGGAAGAUAUGAGGACUGCACUGCAAGCCGCCCUCAAGAUAGACGUCGACAACUGCAACAGACUGAAGGAUGAACUGAAACAACUUAGUGAAGCUGUACAUGGCCUUGCUGAUAAGAGCAUGGAGGAGCUCUCGUUCAUAGCUGCCAUGAAAUGUCUGGCCAAGAUUCAGGAGACAGAAACAUAUCUGAAGGAUAACUGUGUUAAUAUGGAAUGUUCAAUAAUAUUCAAGUCAAACAAUGACAUUGAAAAACAUUUGCUGAAACAUUUGGGUCUGGGGAGGGUCGUAGAAGGUAGUCAGUCACUGGCAUUAAAAUUGAAUCAAGACAAGGUGAUCACUUGGAAGGGGAAGUCAAAGCAUGUUGUGCUAAUAUUAACUGACUCAAGUCAAACUUGCAAGAUCACAGGCAUCUGUAGUCUCCCUAGUGGCCAGAUUGUUAUUGCAGAUCAAGAGAAUAAAAGAGUGAAGCUGUUAGACCAGCAGUACAAUGUAGUCAGUCACUGCAAUCUGUCUGGUUUUCUAAGGGACAUAUGUCAUAUUACAUGCAAUGACAUGGCAGUUACUGCGGAAGAAGGUCAGACAAGCAGUGUCCAGUUUAUUUCUGUUUGCAAAGGGCAGCUGGUAAACAACAGGAAGUUUCAGUUGCAGCAUGAUAUUGCUGGUAUUGUCCAUCACCAAGGAGCAUUGUAUAUCACCUCUCGCACUGCUCUGUACCAUUACACCCUGACUGGGAGGCUUGUGAAAAAGAUCUAUGAGGACCUAUCAGGUGGUGACACAGUGUGGAAGUGUGCUAUGAGUCCAAUGGGUGACAGGAUCUAUGUCAUCAACAGUGACCAUCACAAGCUCCUCACACUGUCCCCAGAUGGUACUCUGAUAUCCACAUUCACUGAUCCUGAACUAGUACAUCCAUGGGGUGUGCAUGUUACACCAGUAGGUCAAGUGGUGGUAUGUGGGUUCACCUCCUAUAGCCUCAUACAGAUGGACAGAGAAGGCAGGAGAAAAAUAGCUACUGUAGCCACUAAGAAAGAUGUUAUGGACUUCCCAAUGUCAGUUUGCUACAAUAUCAACAGGAAUACAAUCAUUGUGGGAAUGUUAAAGAACACCAAAAUACUUGUGCUUAACUGCAUUAGUUAGUUUUUUCAUGAAUUUUCAAAUAUUAUGUACAUCGUAUUUGUCUGUUUGUACAUCAAUCUUGAUGAUAUAAUAAAGAAAACUUGAAUUAAUAUGCAACAUUAACAUAUUUUGUAGUCAUUUUCAAUAGUCUAAACUUGUAUUGUGAACAAUUUUUUUUAUUUAUUUGGUUAAGUGUAUGGUUUGCCUUUGAUCAAUUCAAAUCCAAACAAUGUAUGCUGAACAAAAAGUGUCCCAUGUCAUUUUAUAACGUGUCCAUUUCAUCAUCGUAACAUGCAAACAUGACAUAAACUGUGAUGUAGAUUUAUUGGCUACAGCUAAUAAUGUUUUGCUGAGCACACAUGUCUGCAAUGUGUAAUCACAGGCACUUGUUUCUAUUUAAAUCACCUUUGCCAUUUUGUUUACCAAAAAUGAAAGUAACUCUGUUUUUUAUGCCCCCCUUCGAAGAAGAGGGGGUAUAUUGUUUUGCACAUGUCGGUUGGUCCGUCGGUCGGUCCGUCCACCGAAUGGCUUCCGGAUGAUAACUCAAGAACGCUCACGCCUAGGAUCAUGAAACUUCAAAGGUACAUUGUUCAUGACUUGCAGACGACCCCUUUUGAUUUUCAGGUCACUAGGUCAAAGGUCAAGGUGACUCAACACAGAAAUGUGGUUUCCGGAUGAUAACUCAAGAACGCUUACGCCUAGGAUCAUGAAACUUCAUAGGUACAUUGAUCAUGACUCGCAGAUGAACCCUAUUGAUUUUCAGGUCACUAGGUCAAAGGUCAAGGUCACGGUGACUAGAACCAGUAAAAUGUUUCCCGGAUGAUAACUCAAGAACACUUACGCCUAGGUUCAUGAAACUUCAUAGGUAUAUUGAUCAUGACUCGCAGAUGACCCCUAUUGAUUUUCAGGUCACUAGGUCAAAGGUCACGGUGACUUGACACAGUAAAAUGGUUUCCGGAUGAUAACUCAAGAAAGCUUACGCCUAGGAUCAUGAAACUUCAUAGGUACAUCGAUCAUGACUCGCAGAUGACCCCUAUUGAUUUUCAGGUCACUAGGUCAAAGGUCAAGGUCACAGUGACAAAAAACGUAUUCACACAAUGGCUGCCACUACAACUGACAGCCCAUAUUGGGGGCAUGCAUGUUUUACAAACAGCCCUUGUUCCACUUGAUUCCUCAAAUUAAAAAAUGAUAUGGCCACUUUUCUUGAUCUUAAGCAUUUGCCGCCUAUUGCAGUGGGAGCCUUGAUUACGUGGGAAAUAUAACAAGUUUGAACGUUUUUCCAGAAUCUGAUUUUUAUAUUGAAAAGAGUUUCACAAACAUGUUUCUUCGGUGAGCCUCCCCAAGGUGCUUGCAGUUGGCUUUAAUAUAUACAGAGGGGGUAAUCAGGUGACAAACUAGAUGGCAAUAUCCAUACUGAGACAAGUAUUUUUGAAGAUUUAUACCCUUUAUUACUUGCAUUAAUUGUUUAAAUGCCACUCAAUUUCCAGCCAUAUCAGUUUUAAAGAUAUUAGCGUUUAUUUUGUAUUAAUAUUUGCUUGUUAUCUCAACUUAAAUUGCUGUGAAUUUUCUUAGCAGGAGCUGUAAUUUUGUGACUGCUCAGAAAUUUCUCAGCAUGUAAAGUCAAGAUAUAGAUUGAAUAUCAAUAACAAGGAAUGCUAUUUUAUUUGUAUACGCAAAAUAUUUUACAAAUGGAUCAUAUUAAGCCACAAUAAAAAGGUUAGUUAAUUACAUGUAUUGAGCUGGAAAAAAUAGGUCAAUACAUACCUAUUUGUUAAUACAUUUCAACCUGACCCGAGUAUACCGGUUACCGGGCUAUAGCGGUCAGUCUAGAUUUCCCCAUACGAAAAUCAUUCUACAUUACACCGGAGUAUAAUGCUCACCUAGCUAUAGCAUAUAUGAUUAAGGUUUAAUGCUUUUGUUAACACAUGUAAACGCAUAUAUAGCUCAUAGCUUGAGCACAUGACAAAGUCAAAAGAUCUUCAUCUCUGUGAACAACACUUAGCAAGUAAGUGUUGUUAUUUGAGGCGAUAAUUUAUUGAAGGGUUAUUGAUUGUCUAUUUUGGCAAAACAGAUAUUAAAUUACAACUUGUAUAACAAAGUUUUGGCAUGUAUGCAAGUAUCAUAAAAUGAUUUGCUUAUUUAAAAUAAAUUGUGGAAAUUGUU